CCUCCAUUGCCCGUCGAAUUCAGGCAUUAGCUCGGCCAAGUUGAAUCUGCUGAAUUCGCACCGCAAAGGUCGAUUCGUCGAAGUGUGCUUCAUCGCGCUCGCUAUCACGUGCCAGGGUCCAACGUGAAAGUGGCGUGUCCUUUUGCUGCUUUCGUUAAUGCAACGUCGCGUCUUUGUUCUAAAAGUUAAUACUACUUCCAGCCAGACUGUCUUUUAUUUUCAUGACUGUGCCGUACAAUGGAUCAUGAGCAAAAUCCGUGGUUGGCGCUGAAGCCGCCUGCGGCGGACAGCAUUACCUAUCUCACUUUUGUGGAGAAUAACCUGACGCUGGACACCCUUCCGCAGCUACACGAGGUCCUACAAGACAUAGAGUUGAACCAAGCAAUCGGGUGGGAUCUUGUUCAACUCCUUCUUCCAAUGGUGCCAGCUUCGGAGGCGUGUUUGCUUGAUAUCGCGAAGCUGGGCAACCCUCGCGAGGUGGUCUUGAAAGUAUCGGAGAGUAUCCGAACGCUCUCAUUUGAUGACAUAGACAAAGCCUCUGAAACAAGUUCAAUUGGUGAUGACGCGAACACUGGACAGGAAGAUUCUCCAGCCGUAGCAGCGUCAAGCCAUGAGGCCACAACAACAGGACGGUCUGAAGCGGAAUUGCCCCUCCCAGUACUGCAGUUCCGCGUAUUGCUGUCUAUGCUCUCGAUCUUGCAUCCAAGGAUCAAGACAAAGUAUCCCAGUCGGUUCCUGUCUUCCACCUUGCAAGCUAUUCUUGCUACGUACAUGGAGGCUUCAGCCUACCAUGACGAAAUGACAGAAGAUGUAAUCAAAUUGCUCAAAGCGUUCACUGGGGCGAAACGUCCCGUUUUACCACCAAGAAAGAGCAGUAGCAAAGUCUUGCUUCAAGAUCUUGCAAAUUCCGCACCGGAUCCGGAAGGGACCACUGAAGAAGCAUCAGCAGGAGAAGGCGAGCUGUCAGGCAAGUUGCUACAGUCAUUUUUGACACAUAUUCUUGAAGAAUAUAUGAUAUCUAUGCCUGCUAUGGAUGAUGUUCCAGGAAUGGCUUGGUCGGUGCGGUAUCAAGAGAAGAUUGACCCGAGUCAUGUCGUUCCACACAAGCAGACGGCGACAGAAAAGGUGUCAAAGUCAGAGCGCUUCCAGUCAAGACUGAGCACGGUGGGAUCCAUUGUAGCUUUGGCGCGAGAUCUCGGAUUAGAGUCCGGUACUCUUCUUCAAACUAUCCUGGAUGCAGCGCCAGAAUUACGAGGUGAUGAACGGAAUGAAGAUGAUCCGCCUUCUUCACCGGAGGAAAUUCCUCUUUCGAAGACUGGUUCGCUGUUUCUUCUUGCUGCACGCAAAGCUUCUGAAGCGCUGUACGCCCAACCAAUCGCAACGCCGAGCCUACUCAUAUUCCCUCAUCACGCGUCAAUCGUCAAGAACUUCUUGGGAGUGACGAACAAAGCAGCAACAGGACUCGAACCAGAGGCCCUAAUCGACGCGGUGCUUUUUCUUGGACUACAGUCCCUCCAUUCAAAUGCCAUGGGAGAGCCUGUGUCUGAUGAUGAAUUUCUAGAGUAUCUGCAAAGCAUCUCACUCUUAUCUUCGAAUUCUCCGUCUCCAGUGCUGCGAUACCAAGCCCAUUUUAUCUGUACAUCAGUUUUGCGUUCACAUCCUCACGAUCUCGUGAGGCUGUCAUUUAUUCGUGACACGCUCGAGAACUGCCCUUAUCAGAAUCUGAAAGCAAGUGCUGUGGGCUGGAUCAAGGGCGAAACGAUUGAAGCGAACCCACCAGAGGCACCAUCAGUAGCCGAUAGUGCCGAAGCACCUUCGAUUUUUGCGACUCCUGUCGCCCUGUCCACUCUUUCACCAUUCUUGUUUCCAGACCUUACAGAACGUUUCGCGACGCCGAGCGUCGUCGAAUCGUAUACGCAAUUCCUAGCCGACUUGAGUUUCCACCUCGCCGUUCUGAACUUCUACUACCUGUUGUUGAAAGCACGUCACCUUCAUGACGCACUAAAUAUUCGAGCUCUCAAUAAACAAGCCGACGUAAAGGAUAGCUAUAUUGCGCCUUUGAAGGAAGCUGCUCAACGAUUCAGAUUUGGUCUUCGCGAAGGCGGAGAGCUCUGUGAGGGAGAAGUCAAUACUGAAGCAAUAAUGGAACUUGGACUAUUGGAAGAUGCGAUCCAGAGAGUGGAAGAAAGUAUCGUGACUCUCGGUUAGAAGGCAUCAUGCUGACGAAGCGAGUCCGUUGGUUAGAUUUCUGUACUAUUACAUGUGAAUGGAUACUGCUAUUCCUUGAGAAGACGCCCCCUGAUGUAAUAUCUUGUUCCAUGAACUCUCCAAUUCUCAAGUUGCACGGGAAUUUGAAAUACAGUGGUACAUGCAAGCCGUCUGUUACCGAGAGCAAACUAAGUUUAGCGCACCCUGAACAUCACGAUGUUUCAUGAUUAUGGGCAUAGCUUUCCAAAAAUAGACUUUAUAAUUUGACGAAACAGAUAUCCC